AUGGAUGAACUCGAUUCUUGGGUUGAAGGUUCAUAUAUUCAUGAGGACCUAAAGAAAAGGCUCUUAAAUAAUGAUUUGUAUGCUAUCAAGAAUGUGGUAGUUCCAUUACUUUGUAAAAGUGACUAUAAAGGAUGCUCAGGUAAAAUAUGUGUUAUAGGUGGAAGUGAAGUUUAUUCAGGAGCUGUAUAUUUAUCAUCCAUGUCAACAAUGAAAGUAGGAGCUGAUUUAUGUUUUGUUAUAACAGUUCCAGAAAAUAGUUAUCCUUUAAAAAGCUAUAGUUGUGAAUUAAUUGUAUAUCCUUAUUUAUAUAAUAAAAAAUCUGAUAUUAAAAAUAUUGAGAAUAGUCCUUUAAAUAAAUGUAUAAAAUAUUUAUCAGAUCGAAUUGAUACUUGUGUAGUAGGACCAGGAUUAGGAGAUAUAGAUGAAGUUACAGAAGAAUGUUUAAUAUAUAUAUUUGAAAAAUUUAUAGAAAGAAAUAUUUUUUUAAUAUUAGAUGCUGAUAUAAUACAAUUUAUUCUUUCAAAUAUGAAAAUUUUUAAUCUUAUAAAAAAUUAUAAAAAUUGUUUAUUAACACCAAAUAUAAAUGAAUUAAGAAAAAUGUUGAUACAUUUAAAUGAUAAUAUUCUUAAUCUGGAUAUUAAAAAUAUAGAUUUUAAACAACUGAGUGUAUCCAAUAUUAUUGAAUAUGCUCAUGUAUUAAAGGAAGUUUUUAAUGGUCCUAAAAUUUUAAUCAAAGGAUUUUAUGAUGUAUAUAUAAGUGAUCAUUUUUUUUUUGUCUUUUUUAUGAAGAAGCAAUGUUUAAAGCGUUCUGGAGGUUUUGGCGACAUUCUCACCGGCAUUCUUGCCGUUUUUCUUUGUUGGGCAUCAAAAAUUAUAAAACAAGGGAAGCAAUUAAAAGAUAUAAUAUUAACAAAGGAUAAAUCAAUAUCUCAAUCUUUUAAAGAUAUAGUUCAUACAAAUACACAUGUAGAAAACGAUGAAUUACUUAAAACAAUUGCUAUAUUUAAUUCUAGUUACUUUUUAAAAUAUGUAUGUAAAAAAUGUUUUCUUAAAAAUCAUAGAGGACUAUUGGCUUCAGACGUAGUCAAUAGCAUUCCUCUUAAUUUUUAUCGUGUAUAUAUGACUGGAAAAAAAAAGAUUAAAAAAAAAAAAAAAUUAAAAAAUUAA